UAGCCGGCUAUGAGUGACUGAGCACAAAAAUUUUACGCCACCGUGAAACUGGUGAAACGAUCUGAGAGUCGCUGAAAUACUUGUAUUUUUGUCAUUAUUAAUUAGAUCGGGGCGAGUGACACGUUUUCUACAUCCGUUAUGUUUAAGGUUGCUUCGCAGUUUUGCGAAACUUCGAAGAUGAGUAUUACUUCAGCUGUUGGUGUCAUUGCUCUUCUUGAUGAACCUAAUGUUUUGCUGAAAGAAUUCGCUCUACAAAAGCUAAACGAAAUUGUUGAUGAAUUUUGGCCUGAAAUUGCUGAUUCAGUUGAAAAAAUAGAAAUUCUUCACGAAGAUAAGAGCUUCCCACAAUGUGAACUGGCUGCUCUAGUGGUGAGCAAAGUUUAUCAUCAUCUUGGUUCAUUUGAGGAUUCCCUUACAUAUGCUCUUGGUGCGGGAAACCUUUUCGAUGUAAUGAGCAAUUCUGAAUAUGUUCAAACUACAAUAGCCAAAUGUAUGGAUUUCUAUAGCCAACAAAGAGUAGCUUUGGCUGAGGGAACACCAGAUGUCAAACCAAUUGACUCAAGGCUGGAAGGUAUUGUCAAUCGAAUGUUUCAGAGAUGCUUAGAUGAUGGUCAAUAUAAGCAGGCCAUCGGUAUUGCUAUUGAAACCCGGAGGAUGGAUGUAUUCAGACGAGCCAUUUUGGAAUCGGGUGAUGUGCCGGCAAUGUUAACCUAUUGCCUCAAAGUUUGCCUCGAGUUGCUCCAGCAUCGGCAAUUCAGAAAUGUUGUUCUCCGUUGCUUGGUGGAUAUGUACCGUGAACUAACUACUCCUGAUUACGUCAGCAUGUGUCAGUGCCUCAUUUUCUUGGACGACCCUUUGGCCGUUGCCGAUAUCCUCGACAAACUCGUCCAUGGAGAGCAGGAUUCAACCUUGAUGGCCUACCAGAUUGCUUUCGAUUUGUAUGAAAGUGCAACUCAGCAAUUCCUCGCGCGUGUACUUCAAGCCCUUAAACCGACAAACAUAGUGCCACCAGCUUCGGUCGAAGAGGAGAAAACUGAAGAAGUAAAGGAAGUCAAAGUGGAACCCGUUUUGAGUGAAUCUGAAGAACUGAUGAAGAAACGUUUAGAUCGAUUGGUGACCAUUUUGGGUGGUGAACUGAGCAUUGAACUUCAUCUUCAGUUUCUUAUCCGCAACAACAAAAGCGAUCUACUCAUUUUAAAGCAGACAAAAGAUGCCAUUCGCGUAUCUGUGUGUCAUACGGCUACCGUUAUCGCCAAUGCUUUUAUGCACAGUGGAACGACUUCCGACCAAUUUUUGAGAGACAAUUUGGAUUGGCUGUCACGUGCUACAAACUGGGCCAAGUUGACAGCGACAGCUUCAUUGGGUGUGAUCCAUCGCGGGCAUGAAAAGGAAGCAUUGGCAUUAAUGGCGGCUUAUUUACCUCGUGAAGUGGCAGCGACGUCAGCCGGUUUUUCGGAAGGCGGUGGUCUGUAUGCCCUGGGUUUGAUCCAUGCCAAUCACGGAACGAACAUCACCGACUACCUACUUCAGCAGCUCAAAGAAGCCUCGAACGAGGUGAUUCGUCAUGGGGGGUGCUUAGGUCUUGGCUUGGCCAGCAUGGGUACACAACGGGCCGAUGUCUACGAACAACUGAAAUUCCAUCUGUACCAAGACGAUGCUGUGACGGGCGAAGCUGCUGGUAUGGCCAUGGGUUUGACGAUGUUGGGCUCGAGAUCUCAGCAGGCUAUCGAAGAUAUGGUGUCAUAUGCUCAAGAAACUCAACACGAGAAGAUCAUGCGAGGACUGGCCGUCGGUAUCGCUCUUACCAUGUACGGCCGUUUAGAAGAAGCUGACGACCUCAUUGACACGCUAGCCAAGGACAAGGACCCUAUUCUUCGGAGAGCGGCCAUGCACACUCUAGCACUGGCUUAUUGUGGCACGGGCAACAACCAAGCAGUCCGCAAGUUGCUUCAUGUAGCUGUGUCUGACGUAAACGACGACGUCCGCCGUGCUGCUGUUACUGCAUUGGGAUUCCUCCUCUUCCGAAAUCCGGAACAAUGCCCUAGUGUUGUCUCUCUGUUGGCUGAAAGUUACAACCCUCACGUUCGUUAUGGAGCUGCCAUGGCGUUGGGAAUUGCCUGUGCUGGUACUGGAUUGAAGGAAGCAGUAGCACUUCUUGAGCCCAUGAUGAACGAUCCGGUCAAUUAUGUCCGCCAAGGAGCACUGCUGGCUUCGGCACUUGUCCUCGUCCAGCACACCGAAUUCACCUCGUCAAAGGUCAAAGACAUCCGACAACUCUACGCCAAAGUCAUUGGCGACAAGCACGAAGAUGUCAUGGCCAAGUUUGGUGCCAUUCUGGCACAAGGCAUUAUUGAUGCUGGCGGACGCAAUGUCACCAUCUCACUCCAGUCGCGGACUGGCCACACCAACAUGAGUGCUGUAGUUGGACUGAUGAUUUUCACCCAAUACUGGUACUGGUUCCCCUCCAGUCUGUGCCUGUCCCUUGCAUUCGCCCCCACCGCCAUUAUCGGCCUUAACUCUGAUCUGAAGAUGCCCAAAGUGGAAUACCGCUCGAAUGCCAAGCCAUCCGUCUACGCCCCACCUCCUUUGCUUGAAGAGAAGAAACGGGAAGAAAAGGAGCGAGUCACAGCGGCUGUUUUGUCGAUCACGGCCAGAGCUAAGCGUCGUGAAGCGGCUCACUCUAAGAUUACUCAGGCAGCCAGCACUGUUGCAACUCCAUCCGCUGCGGAGAAGAUGGAAGUCGAUGAGCAGCCUAGUUCAGAAAAGAGCGCCGAUGACAAAAAGGUGAAAGAAGAAAAAGAGAAGCCGAAAGAAGAGCCCAAUUUCGAAAUCCUUUCCAAUCCAGCUCGAGUCGUCAGACAGCAGUUAAAAGUUGUCAGCAUGGCGGAAAAUUCAAAGUACAUUCCGCUGAAGGAUAUUGGCAUUGGCGGCAUUAUUGUUAUGCGAUAUGGACAAACGGAUCAGCCGGAAGAAUUGGUCGAACCUGUUGCAGCCAUGGGACCUAAAGUAGAAGAAGAAGCCGAACCGGAGCCGCCCGAGCCGUUUGAAUACAUAGAAGAUUGAAAGUUGUUGCAGGCAUUGGGUAAACCACCACAAAGCGGAGAAUAAAUUACAUUAUAAGUUUCUGAUGAUAAUGAUGUCGUAUUCGAUUGGCGGAGCUGCCGCUAUUACACUCUUUUGAUGGGCUCGAUAAAA